AGUCACCGCUCCGUAUCAUAACAGCCGAGGACAAGCGGGCAUCAGCAGCGCGCGAGAGAAAGAGCCGGAGGAGAGAGAAGACAGUGAGUGACUGCAGUUGCAUGCUCUCUCUCGACGUUGGAUGGAUGUUGUUGUAAGAGCAUCUGUAACUGGUAGGAAAGGAGUGGGGAAGCGGAGGUAUACACUAACUCACCAAGGAAAGACCUAUGCUUGGAUUUUGCCUAUUUUUUCUUCGCCAAUGCAAAAGGAAAUAUGCAGCGAAGCUUCACCCUCCUGUACACCAGUUUUCUGGGGAUGUGCUUGGGUUCAAGUUUUCCAAGUAACAUCAAUAUAGGGGGACUAUUCCCAACCGAAUCUCACGAAUAUGAGGUGUUUCGGUUCGCGCUCUCGCACCACCAGGAUAUCCCCAAACUGGUGCCGCAGGUGGAUAUGGUCAAGAUGGGCAACAGCUUCUCCAUGACAUAUGCCUUCUGUUCCCAGUUCUCUAAAGGUGUCUAUGCUAUCAUUGGCCUCUACGACAGGAAGACGGUCAACAUGCUGAUGUCGUUCUGCGGGGCGCUACACGUGUGUUUCGUCACGCCUUCCUUCCCCAUCGAGACGGCCAACCAGUUUGUGAUCCAGCUGAGACCCGAGCUACAGGACACUCUGGUGGGGGUCAUAGACCACUACGGAUGGACCAAGUUUGUCUACAUGUACAGCUCAGAUUCUGGCCUGUCUGUGCUGCAGAAGGUCCUGGACACGGCUGCUGAGAGGAGCUGGCUGGUGACGUCUGUCAACGUGGAGACCAUGACGGAGACCUCGUUCCUCAAGGUGUUCCAAGACCUGGACAAGAGGAAGGAGGGACAGAUCAUCAUCGACUGUGAGACCGAAAGACUCACCUCCAUCCUAAAAAAGAUCGUUGAACACGGGAAGAAUGCUAAGAGUUACCACUACAUCCUGGCCAACCUGGGUUUUCUGGACAUUGAUCUAACGGACCUGAGGAAAGGAGGGGCCAACAUCACAGGCUUCCAGCUGGUCAACUACACAGAGCAGAACGUCAGCCGUACCAUUCAGCAGUGGAUGGAGUUUGAAAACAAAGACGCCAAAUUCCCCAAGAGACGCCUGAAGUACACUGGAGCGUUGACAUAUGAUGGGGUGAAGGUGAUGUCUACAGCAUUCCAGAACCUUCGGAAACAGAGGAUAGACAUCUCUCGCCGUGGCAACGCAGGCGAAUGCCUCGCCAAUCCGCCGGCACCAUGGGGCCAAGGCAUAGAUAUACAGAGAGCCCUGCAACAGGUGCGUAUCCAUGGCCUGACAGGUCAUAUCCAGUUCAAUGAGAAAGGACGCAGGACCAACUUCACCGUCAGUGUCAUGGAGCUAGCCCCCUCUGGACCUAAGAAGGUGGGCUACUGGAACGAGGACGAGAAGUAUGUGAGCACAGCCACCUUCAUGAGAGGAAGCAACGACAGCAGCUACGGCCUACAGAACAGGACCUACAUAGUUACCACCAUCCUGGAAUCCCCAUACGUGAUGCUGAAGAAGAACCAUGAUCAGCUGUCAGGGAACGAUAAGUACGAGGGUUACAUCGUGGAGCUAGCGGCUGAGAUCGCCAAGCACGUUGGAUACCACUACAAACUGAAGGUGGUCUCAGAUGGGAAAUAUGGAGCCAGAGACUCCGAGACCAAGAUGUGGAACGGCAUGGUUGGAGAGCUGGUGUACGGGAAAGCAGACGUGGCGGUAGCCCCGCUGACCAUCACCCUGGUGAGAGAGGAGGUGAUCGACUUCUCCAAGCCCUUCAUGUCUCUGGGCAUCUCCAUCAUGAUCAAGAAGCCCACCAAGUCUAAACCAGGUGUCUUCUCCUUCCUGGACCCGCUGGCCUAUGAGAUCUGGAUGUGUAUCGUGUUCGCCUACAUCGGUGUGAGUGUGGUCCUGUUCCUGGUGAGCCGCUUCAGCCCCUAUGAGUGGCACGCAGAGGACUAUGAGGAGGGGGCCGACCCCCAGACCCCUACCCAGCCGACAGGGCCCGGUGCUGGGCUACAGUCAGGGCAGAGCCCUGGUCAGUCAGGCCAGAACCAGCAGAAUCAGGAACAGACCAAUGAGUUUGGCAUCUUCAACUCUCUCUGGUUCUCCCUGGGAGCCUUCAUGCAGCAGGGAUGUGACAUCUCACCCAGGUCUCUGUCAGGGCGGAUAGUGGGUGGUGUGUGGUGGUUCUUCACUCUCAUCAUCAUCUCAUCCUACACGGCCAACCUAGCUGCUUUCCUCACAGUGGAGAGGAUGGUGUCCCCCAUAGAGAGUGCUGAGGACCUGGCUAAACAGACUGAGAUCGCCUACGGAACUCUGGAUGCUGGCUCCACCAAAGAGUUCUUCAGGCGGUCUAAGAUUGCGGUGUUUGAGAAGAUGUGGUCGUACAUGAAGUCGGCCGACCCCUCAGUGUUUGUGAAGACCACAGAUGAGGGAGUGAUGAGGGUCAGGAAGUCCAAAGGGAAGUAUGCCUACCUGUUAGAGUCCACCAUGAACGAGUACAUCGAGCAGAGGAAACCCUGUGACACCAUGAAGGUGGGGGGGAACCUGGACUCUAAAGGAUACGGUAUCGCCACGCCCAAGGGCUCACCCCUCAGAAACCCUGUUAACCUGGCCGUGUUAAAACUCAACGAGCAAGGCCUGUUGGACAAACUGAAAAACAAAUGGUGGUACGACAAGGGCGAGUGUGGCAGCGGGGGCGGGGACUCCAAGGAUAAGACGAGUGCGUUGAGCCUGAGCAACGUGGCCGGAGUGUUCUACAUUCUGAUUGGAGGGCUGGGCCUGGCCAUGCUGGUGGCGUUGGUGGAGUUCUGCUACAAGUCGCGAACCGAGUCUCAGAGAAUGAAGCAGAACAUCAACGACGCCAUGCACUGCUCCUCCAUGACCAGAAUGAGUGGGAACGGGAAUGGGGGAGGAGGAGGAAUAGGUGGAGCAGGAGGAGGAGAGAACGGACGCAUCCUAACUCACGACUUCCCCAAAACAGUCCAGACUCUCCCCUGCAUGAGCCACAACGCCAGCAUGGGGCUCAGCGCCUCCGGCAUGUAAUCACAUGACCUGGCACAAGGGGCUGAGCAGGAGACUGACUCAUAGACCUUACAAAGAUGACCACAUUAAUGGUGACAUUGACCUUAUGAACAUGGCCGUCUUUCUGACACUUUGUUUAUGUGGUGGCUGCGUGAUGUGUGUCCGAGACAGACUCCAAUACUGCUGCCAAAUGCAUUCUGAAAUCACUCAUUACAAACAAACGGGAAACAUGUAGAUGGAGAAUAAAAAUGAAAAUAAAAGAAGAUGAGGAACAUGUUGCUACGAAAAGGAGCCAUUGUUGGGCCGAGAUGUUUUUUUUUUCUUUUAUUCAGAUUUUUUGAAACAAGGUGUUAAUUUCUGUGUAAAAAAAGAGAGAACUAUCCCGUAAAUGCCUCUUGACCUGCCCUGAGAUGACCUUCUCUGCCUUGCCCUGAGCUAACCGUCUCUGCCCUGCCCUUCUCUGCCCUACGCUGACCUUCUCUCCCCCACCCUGACUUUCUCUGCCCUGGGCCGACCUUCUCUGCCCUACCCUGACAUUCUCUGCCCUACCCUGACCUUCUUUGCCCUACCCUGACCUUCUCUGCCCUGGGCUGGCCUUCUCUGCCAUACCCUGACCUUCUCUGCCCUGGGCCGACCUUCGGUGCCCUACCCCGACCUUCUCUGCCCUACCCUGACCUUCUCUGCCCUACCCUGAGCUGUGGCCGUUCUAUUGACUACUGUUAGUCUGUCUGUCUGUAAUAUCUCAGUUCGCUACCUACUCUCUCUGACCAUUUACAAUAGUGAAGACGGAUCACAAAAUAGGAUUUGUUUUUGUCUUUGCACAGUUAAAAGACAAUAAUGAUAAUAACGCUGAUUGACUAUUAAGAUGAUUUGAUAUUUGUGUGUCUCUGGUUUCUCUCGUGUGUGUUUUUGGACACAGUUACACACGCUAUGUUUGAAAGGCAUCAUGAACUGGAACACAAGCAUUUCAAGCACCAAUGCAGUAUUAUAAUACAGACAUAAAUAAUCAUGCACAGAGCUCAGUCAUUCCUUGCCUCCCUGAACCAUCUGCUGACAGUUAUUCCUACAGAGAUUGAUCCCUGAAUUGGAUUUGAUUUAAUAUGUCCUGAUCGCACAGGUGAAACAUGUUUAAAUUGAUGCUUAACUAGCUGUGUUGUGUUCUCCUCAACAAACAUGCUUUGCUGCUACACCUCACUGUACCCACCAUACCACUGAACCCACAAUACCACUGAAUACACCAUACCACUGAACACACCAUUCCACUAAACACACCAUGCCACAGAACACACCAUGCCACUGAACCCACCUUGCCACUGAACCCACCAUACCACUGAACCCACCAUACCACUGAACCCACAAUA